AUGUACCGCCGUAUAUCCCACCCCUCCCGGGGAUAUUCUCCACUCUCUCUUCGUCCAAGUCCCUGUCAUUCCCAUUUUUCUCCCGCGCAAGCCCCCCCGUCACUCAAUCCCAGCGGACCCACCUCCGUCCGCACGUCCAAAGAUACGACUGGCUCUUCACAUCAACGCCACAACCACGGCCCUACGCCUCGAUCUGCACUACUAACGAUGAGAGACAAGGCUCCGAAUCCCUCCUUGCAGCUCGGGCUGGUGGGCUGA